UUUAGCCUUCACCCUUUUCCUCAAUUUUCCUUUUUAUUUUAUCUCCCCAUAACUCAACAACUCAAAACUACCCCCAAUUCUUCCCAGUCUUCUUCCAUUCAGCAAUCCGUCAACCCACAAUUAAGCUACUUUCUAUUCAAACGUUCCAAUAUUCAAGUUUUCAAGAAAUCUUGAUUGUGUGGGUUGAGUACACGUAUGUGCUGUAAUGGCAGACCAAAACCCUAAUUUCCCACCUGGAUUUUCAGUCGGAAUCACCCCGUCCACCCCCGAGCCAACGCAGUCGCGUAGACCCGACACGAAACUGAGCCCACCGCCUUUUACCCCCCGAUUUGCACCACCAACGACUCAAUCAAACCAGAUACUUUCCCCACACGUGCCUUUAUCUUCGAAUGGCGUUAGAACCGUGAGCCCGCUUCCACAUCUGAGCACGCCGCCAGGGCCGCCUGUGUUUUCUUCGCCGGUGCAGCCUGCUGCUGUGCCGUUUAGAACGUCUCCGGUGACCCCUCAACCUGUUGCGUUUGCUGCUGCUGCACCGGCGACACCCCCUUCAGGUUAUUCGGAUGGUGCGAAUGAGGUUCAACAACAGGUGCCGAGUAAUGCGGAAGAUAUGGUGUUUCUUUCUGAUGCACCAAAUGUUUUACUCUCUGCACGUAAGGUACUGAAACAAAAGAAACUAAUGAACGUACCCAGUUUGGGUUUCGGGGCACUGGUUUCUCCCGGACGGGAAGUCCUACAGGGUCCGCAAAUAAUUCAACAAGAUCCACAACGUUGCCAAAAUUGCGGAGCUUACGCAAAUCUCUAUUGCAACAUCUUGCUUGGAUCGGGCCAGUGGCAAUGCGUAAUUUGUCGGAAUUUAAAUGGUAGUGAAGGCAGAUACAUAGCGCCCACCAAAGAAGACCUUCUCAAUCUACCCGAACUAGCAUUCCCGAUGGUUGACUUUGUGCAAACCGGGAACAGAAGACCCGGUUUCAUUCCCGUUUCUGAUUCUCGUAUGUCGGCACCGAUUGUUCUCGUAGUUGACGACUGUUUAGACGAACCCCAUCUCCAACAUUUGCAGAGUUCGUUACACGCGUUUGUGGAUUCACUUCCACCCACAACGAGAAUCGGUGUUAUAUCGUAUGGAAAAAUGGUUUCGGUUUAUGAUCUUUCGGAAGGAUCGAUUGCGUCAGCCGAUUUGUUACCGGGAAGUGUUUCUCCGAGUCAAGAAUCGUUGAAACAACUCGUUUAUGGAGCCGGGAUUUAUUUGUCUCCUAUUCAUGCUUCUUUACCGGUAGUACACUCGAUAUUUUCGUCUUUAAGACCGUAUAACUCGAAUCUUCCGGAAGCUUCUAGAGACCGUUGCAUGGGGGCAGCAGUUGAGGUGGCGUUAGCGAUUAUUCAAGGCCCGUCAGCUGAAAUGUCACAAGGGGUUGUGAAAAAACCGGGAGGUAGUAGUAGAAUAAUCGUGUGUGCGGGUGGACCGAACACGUAUGGGCCCGGGUCGGUCCCACAUUCGUUUAGUCAUCCGAACUAUCCCCACAUGGAGAAAACCGCUUUAAAAUGGAUGGAACACAUGGGUCGUGAAGCAUAUAAACGUAAUACGCAAAUCGACAUUUUAUGUGCAGGAACUUGUCCGGUUCGGGUUCCGGUUUUACAACCGUUAGCGAAAGCUUCAGGCGGGAUUUUGAUCUUGCAUGACGAUUUCGGUGAAGCGUUUGGUGUGAAUUUACAACGAGCUUCAACGCGGGCUGCGGGUUCUCACGGGCUUAUGGAAAUUCGGUGUUCGGAUGAUGUAACGGUUUCUCAAGUUAUAGGCCCGGGUGAAGAGGCCCAUACGGAUAACCAUGAAGCGUUUAAGAACGAUAAUUCCGUCUCGAUACAAAUGUUAAGUGUGGAAGAAACACAAAGUUUUGCAGUGUCGAUGGAGACACGCGGAAAUAUCAAAACCGAUUUCGUGUACUUACAGUUCGGAAUUUUGUUUUCGAAUUUAUAUCAAGCGGAUAUCACGAGGGUGAUUACGGUUCGAUUGCCGACAGUUGAUAGUGUUUCAGCUUAUCUCGACAGUGUUCAAGAUGAGGUGGCGGCGGUUCUUAUCGCUAAAAGGAGUCUUUUACGCGCCAAAACCGGCCCGGAUGCAAUCGAUGUAAGGACAACAAUCGAUGAACGGAUUAAAGAUAUUACUAGUAGAUUCGGGUCACAAAUGCCAAACUCAAAGCUUUAUCAGUUUCCGAAAGAGCUGUCGCAUAUACCUGAGAUAUUGUUUCAUCUCAGGCGGGGUCCACUUUUGGGUAGUAUUGUCGGACACGAGGACGAGAGGUCGGUUUUGAGGGAUAUUUUUUUAAACGCGUCUUUCGAUUUGUCGCUUCGGAUGGUUGCUCCGAGAUGUCUUAUGCACCGUGAAGGAGGAACGUUUGAAGAACUUCCGGCGCAUGAUCUUGCAAUGCAAUCUGAUGCAGCUGUUGUUCUUGAUCAUGGGACAGAUGUCUUCAUUUGGCUGGGUGCUGAACUUGCAGCCCAAGAAGGAAAAAGUGCAGCGGCAUUAGCGGCGUGCCGAACGUUGGCGGAAGAACUAACGGAGAUGAGAUUUCCCGCUCCUAGAAUUCUUGCGUUUAAAGAGGGUAGUUCUCAGGCGAGGUAUUUUGUGUCUCGGCUAAUUCCUGCACACAAGGACCCUCCGUAUGAGCAAGAAGCAAGAUUUCCUCAGCUUCGAACUUUGAGUGCAGAACAAAGGGCAAAGUUGAAAAGCAGUUUUAUUCACUUUGAUGAACCAAGCUUCUGUGAAUGGAUGCGUAGUCUCAAAGUAUUGGCACCCGAAGCGAGCUAAGUGUUCUGGUAAAACAGUUACAAUCACAAACAAACAACAAACUUUCUUAUCUUUCUUUGUUUUUGUUUUUGUUUCUGUUUGAGUAGGAUUUGUUUUAAUUUUGUUUUUUUUUUAAUACAUUUGAUUUUGAACGCUGAAAAGCAGCAACCGAGGGAAGAAGUAAUAACACAAAGAAAAGAAAAAAAAACAAGUUACUUUUAAUGGUUCUUAUA